GAACUUGAAACCAGAAGAUGUUUUUCAGCAUUCAGACUCAGUCCACGCUGCAGAGCAGACCUUUAGAGAAACAGCUGGUAUCCCAGUGAGCGAUGGAGGAAAUCUAUGUCAAUGAUGACAAUGAUACACCAGAGGACAAAAGACCUUCAACAUAUAAGACAGGUCGGUUCUGUGUUUCAGGUUCCAGGAGAUUUCACAGAGCUGUUGUUUUGUUUCUGGGGCUGCUGAGUGUUCUCCUGCUGGCCGGGCUCAUCGGCUGCAGCACCUACUGCCACAUCUCAACUUGUGACUCAUCUGCAGAGUUAUCCGCCAUCAAAGCCUCCCUGACUCGUCAGAGAGACCUGCUGAACGUCAGCCUCGCUGAAAUGACUCAAGAGCUUCAGUGUUUGAAGAAAAUGUGUCCCACAGGAUGGAAGAAGUUCAGUUGUUCCUGUUAUCUCUUCUCCACACAGAAGAACUCUUGGGAAGAAAGCAGACAAGACUGCAGAGCCAGAGGAGCAGAUCUGGUGGUGAUAAGAAGUCUUGAAGAACAGCAAUUUGUCACUGACGUCACAAAACAGUCCACAUGGGUUGGUUUGAGUGACAGAGACCAUGAGGGGACCUGGAAAUGGACGGAUGACACUCCGCUGACUCUUUCGUUCUGGCAAAAGGGGCAGCCUGAUAAUGGCGGUGGUGAUCCGAUCUAUGGCAAGGAAGACUGUUGUCACAUCUCUCUUGACGGCACGAAAACUGAAGUAAACUGGAACGAUCUGGCAUGUCAGAACCCUCUGUUCUGGAUCUGUGAAAAAUACCGUUGAAUGCGUGUUGAAAUGUUGUGCCGGGGUCAUCAACACUGGAAGUACGGGCAGUGGAAGAAGUACUUUGAGGAUUUUUGUAAUCUACACAAUGUAUAAAUUCUCAGUUGAAAUAAAAGCCCUGAGUAAAAGCA